CGGCUCUCCAAGACAGCUGAGAAUCGAAAUAAAAACAUCUUUUCUUAAAAUUUUUGUCGUAAUUUCAUAAAAAAUAUUCGAAAAUGGUGGUGCGCCAAUAUGACGAGGAGCUUAAAUACAUCGAACGGAUUGACUCGCACUCGUUUCGCAUCAAAAAGGGAUUCCAGCCGAACAUGAAUGUGGAAGGUGUCUUUUAUGUGAAUAAAAAUUUGGAGACUCUGAUGUUUGAUGAGCUCAAAAAUGCCUGUAGACCUGGUCAGGCAGGCGGAUUUUUGCCAGGUGUCAAACAAAUUGCGAAUGUAGCUGCUUUACCGGGGAUCGUUGGGAGAUCUGUGGGCCUUCCAGAUAUUCAUUCGGGUUACGGAUUUGCAAUUGGAAACAUGGCUGCCUUCGACAUGGGAGAUCCUAAUUCUAUUGUGUCACCGGGAGGUGUCGGUUUCGAUAUAAAUUGCGGCGUUCGACUGCUGCGAACAAAUCUUAUGGAAAAAGAUGUGCGUCCGGUGCAAGAACAGCUCGUGCAAAGUUUGUUCGACCACAUUCCGGUCGGUGUGGGAUCGAAGGGAAUUAUUCCCAUGAACGCUCGUGACUUGGAAGAAGCACUGGAAAUGGGAAUGGAUUGGUCGCUGCGAGAAGGUUAUGUGUGGGCGGAAGACAAAGAACAUUGCGAGGAAUAUGGACGAAUGUUGAAUGCAGAUCCGAAUAAAGUUAGCAUGCGUGCGAAAAAACGAGGACUUCCGCAGCUGGGAACGCUCGGAGCGGGUAAUCACUACGCGGAAAUUCAAGUUGUCGAGGAAAUUUACGACAAAUGGGCUGCUUCGAAGAUGGGCAUCGAACAAAAGGGACAAGUUUGUGUGAUGGUGCACUCGGGAUCGCGUGGUUUUGGACAUCAAGUUGCCACAGAUGCUCUUGUGGAGAUGGAAAAGGCCAUGAAACGCGAUUCUAUCGAGACAAAUGACCGGCAACUCGCAUGUGCCCGCAUCCGAUCGAAGGAAGGACAAGAUUACCUCAAAGCGAUGGCAGCUGCAGCGAAUUUCGCGUGGGUGAAUCGCAGUUCGAUGACUUUCUUAACGCGACAAGCAUUCGCUAAGCAAUUUAAUUCGACGCCUGAUGACUUAGAUAUGCACGUUAUCUAUGACGUGUCGCACAAUAUCGCGAAAAUCGAAGAACAUAUGGUCGAUGGACGUCCCAAGCAACUUCUUGUGCAUCGAAAAGGAGCCACACGUGCGUUUCCGCCACAUCAUCCGUUGAUUCCCGUGGACUACCAACUCACGGGACAACCAGUUCUUGUUGGCGGAACAAUGGGAACUUGCAGUUAUGUGUUAACGGGCACGGAAAAAGGCAUGGAACAAACUUUCGGAUCGACGUGUCACGGAGCAGGACGGGCAUUGUCACGUGCAAAGUCACGCAGAAACUUUGAUUAUCUAGAUGUACUGGCGAAAAUGCAAGAAAAGGGAAUUGCUAUUCGUGUUGCUUCACCAAAGUUAGUGAUGGAAGAAGCUCCAUCGUCGUACAAAAAUGUCACAGAUGUUGUUGAUACGUGCCACGCUGCUGGGAUUAGCAAAAAAUGUUUCAAAUUGGUGCCAAUUGGGGUCAUUAAAGGAUAAGUCCUUAUGCAUUUUCACACAUAUUUAUUCAUUCAUUGUUUUUAUUACUAAAAUUUCCAUGCAACAGCGUUUUUUUUUUUAUAAAAAUACUAAAUUCUUAACUUCUAUUGUGACGAUUUCCGAAUCCUCGACG